AUGCAGACCGGCAACAGGGAAGUGUUGAACCGCCUAGACGUUGUGUGGAGAGAGCGCAAUUGCAGUGUUGUUCGAGGACUGCUGCAAGAACUCUCCCUGUCGUGGGCGCAGCUGGUGGCCCACUACGGUCCAGAGGCAAGUAAAGUUUGUCGGCUUUCCAUUUAUGUCACCGGCGAAGACACGGAAGAAAGACGGGAACUGGCCAGGGAGGUUGAAAAAGUGCUACCUGGCCGUCUCAAAACUGGACGAGCCAGAUUCGACGAGAUCCUUGAAAACCACACCAUUGAGUUGGCCAAAUCAGAGAGCAGGCAGUCUGUCACCCUGCUGACGUACUGUGGUGGCUCCAAUGCCAAGAAGACUCUCAGGGAGGCCAAGAUUAGGUGUGAUCUCCUGGCCGCCGCGACAGGCAACGAGAAGCAUCAGAUGGACUUUGUGGCGGAAAACUUUGGGCCAGGUGCAUGA